CCAAAAACUUUCAUUUAUAGAGAUGAAAAUGGAAAUCUGUUUGAGGCCUUACUAAUGUCAUCAGUGACGACCCUUUUCACUCGGCACAAUGAAGUCUGUGUACACACGUCAGGCAAUUGUAACCUUGAUAGUUGUGUUUGGGAUCCAGUUUUUGUUAUCCUUACUGAUCUAUGGAGUUGGUAUUAUACACUUGGCGCUUCUUGAUGUUUAUAAAAAAGACGAUGCCAGUACCUCAGUCGUUGGGUCUCUGUUCAUCAAUCUGAUGAGUAUUACAGGACCCUUGGCGAGUUAUUUCAUCAACAGAUGGGGCUGUAGAGUCACUUCCGCAUUAGGAGGGAUCUUGCUUGUCUUUGGACUUGGCGCAUCAUUCUUUGCAGAAUCCUUUUGGAUGUUGAUGGUAACGAACGGAAUAAUUGCAGGCAUUGGAAUUGGGCUAACAGUGCUUCCUUGUCCAGUUGCCAUUGGAUAUGCCUUUCCCAAACAUAGUGGGAUCGCUAUGGGAAUAACUACCUCUGCUAUUGGGGUGGGAAUGUUGGUCAGUGGACCAAUCACCCAACACCUCUUAAAUACAUAUGGUCUUCGAGGGACUUUUCUACUCUCCGCUGGUAUUGCCUCUCAUGUCUUACCUUGUGCCCUGCUUUUGAAUUACUCUCAAGUAAAAGAGCGGAAAGCUGCUCAAAAUACAAACAGACAUAAACAUUUCAAAACAUAUAUCAGCCUAUUGCAUUCACCAUCGUAUAUGUGUGUUCUAAUUGGAGCAAUAUUAUGGAAUAUAUCAUAUGCAAUAAUCAUGAUUCAUUUACCAAGUUAUGUUGUACACACUGGUUCCUCAAGAGAGCAAGCGUCUUUUAUGUUUACUGUGAUUGGAAUUGGAACGAUAGUCUCAAGAUUAACCAUAGGGCUUGCCAUCGGUCCAGAAGGUCUGGAUCCACUUCUUCUCAAUUUUGGAUUAACAGCUUUUGUGGGUACCUUGAUAAUAACUUUUCCUCUGUAUAUAACAUUUUCCUUUGGUCCAUUGAUAUUUGCAUCGUUAUAUGGAAUUUACAGCGGAGGAUUGCUUGUGUUUACUGUGCCUCUCUGCUUAGAAAUGGCGGGAACAGACAGAUUGACAUCUGCAGUUGGAUUGUGGUUUUUCCUAUUGGGACUUGGGUCUCUCACGGGUCCACCUAUAGCAGGUCUUGUUCUUGAUGUGACAGGAUCAUACAAGUACUCCUAUAUCUUAUCAGGGUUAUUUGUGUUGUUAGCUUCUGGAUUUUCAUUGCUAGCCUCUAUAUGGAGAGAAUCAAAGGACGAGAAAUUACAAUCAACAGAAUUCAGUUUAUCGCCGAUGAUUAAGGAAGCUGAUGAUUUUGAAAAAGUAAAUUUUGAUGACGUGUUAUCUUCUAGAGAACAAGGUGUAAAAUUGCUAUCAAAUAACACAUAAUAAUGAAUGAAAUAUGAAUAACAAAACUUAAUCUUAAAGUUGGUGCAAGGUAAUCAUAUUAUGA